AUGGGCGACGUGCUGUCUGACGACUCUGCGCCGCCCGAGCGCGCCUCGGCGCAGUUCAAGAUCGGCGGCAUGACGUGCGGCGCGUGCGUCGCGAGCAUCGAGACGAUGCUCGGCCAGCAGGACGGCAUUUAUUCCGUGAGCGUCGCGUUGCUGGCCGAGCGCGCCGUCGUGGAGUACGAUGCGUCGCGCUUUACGCCGGAAAAAAUUGUCGACGAGAUUGACGAUAUUGGCUUCGAGGCCGAAGUCGUGCAUGAGACGGACGACGAGCACGUCACGCUGUCCGUCUUUGGCAUGACAUGUGCGUCGUGCACGUCGUCCGUCGAGCAAGGACUGCUCGCUGCGCCAGGCGUCCUCUCGGCGAGCGUCUCGCUUGCGCUGCAGCAGGUGCAGAUCCACUUUGACAAGAGCAAGACAAAUGUGCGCCAGCUCGUGCAAGAGAUCGAGGAUAUCGGAUUCGAUGCGCUCCUCGCCGAUCAGCGCGACACGUCGCAGAUCAGCAGCCUGACGCGUGUUCAGGAAGUGCGCGAGUGGCGACACGCCUUCUUCUUCUCGCUGUCGUUUGCAGUACCGGUCUUUUUGCUGAGCAUGGUAUUUCCGCACCUCGGUAUCGCGCGGGGGCUCUUGCACGCCCAGGUGCUGCACGGUAUCUAUGUCCAGGACCUCCUUUGUCUCGUCCUCACCAUCCCCGUGCAGUUUGGGAUUGGGCAGCGUUUCUUUGUGCCGGCGUACAAAGCGUUCAAGCACAGCGGCGCGACGAUGGAUACCCUCGUGAUCCUCGGCACCUCGGCGUCGUGGGUGUUUAGUGUGGUGGCGAUGCUCGUCGCGUUCUUCUGCGUCGGCGAGUGCCACAAGCCCGCGACGUUCUUUGACACGUCGACGAUGCUCAUUACGUUUGUGUCGCUCGGGCGCUACCUCGAGAACCUCGCCAAGGGGCGCACGAGCGAGGCCCUGACGCGCCUCAUGCGCCUCACGCCGAACAAGGCGACCAUCUACAUGGACGACGCACUGACGCAGACCCGCGAGAUUCCCGCCGAACUCCUCCAAGUCGGCGACAUGGUGAGUGUCGUGCCUGGCGAAAAGAUCGCCGCGGACGGCGUCGUGCACCAGGGCUGCAGCAUGGUCGACGAAAGCAUGAUUACUGGCGAGCCCGUGCCAGUCGACAAGGGGCCUCAAAGCCAAGUGAUUGGCGGCACAGUCAACGGCAGCGGCUCGCUCGACUUUUGCGUGACGCGCGCAGGCAAAGAUACGAGCCUCAGCCAGAUCGUGCGGCUCGUGCAGGACGCACAGGUGAACAAGGCGCCGAUCCAGGACUCGGCAGACAGGAUCGCAGGCAUGUUUGUGCCGUGCAUCCUCCUCUUGAGCAUGGUCACGUUUGUCGCGUGGUUCGUCGUGUCGUACAUCUUUCCCGCUGCAUGGCGUCCGCCGCUGUUUGAGCGCCCGGGCGCGAACAAGAUCAUGGAGUGCUUCAAGCUGUGCAUUAGCGUGAUUGUCGUGGCGUGCCCGUGCGCGCUUGGGCUAAGCACACCGACAGCGAUGAUGGUCGGCACCGGCGUCGGCGCGUCGCACGGCAUCCUCAUCAAGGGCGGCAGCUCGCUCGAGGCUGCGUGCAGCAUUGCGCACGUCGUCUUUGACAAGACCGGCACGCUGACGCGCGGCCAGUUGCGUGUCCAAGCCACGCACUGGGCCGGCAGCGACGAUGGAGCGAUGCGUCUCGAUUCGCCGUGCGUCGCUUCCGUGACCCAGGCCGAGGUCCUCGGCAUGGUCGGUGCGGCGGAGCAAAAGAGCGAGCAUGUCCUGGGCCGCACGCUCGUGCACCACGCCGAGCAGCUCGUCACUGCGCUGCCUACUGUGUCCUCGUUCCAUGCGCUGCACGGCAGCGGGAUCGAGGCGCGCAUUGAAACACGCCACGGCACACACACUGUGCUUGUCGGAAACGCGGCCAUGGUUGGCGGAAAAGCCGCACUACGUACCACCCUUCUUGAUACCACUGGCGGCGUCGCGCUGCUGCGCUUCGUCGAUCACCACGAGUCGGACGGAUGCACGAUCGUCUAUGCAAGCGUCGACGGCCACCUUGCGUGCGCGUUUGCGCUCGCCGAUACCCUCAAGCCGGAAGCGCGGCAGGCCGUGCAGAUGCUGCAAGAUAUGGGCAUUCUAUGCUCGAUGAUGACGGGCGACACGGCAGGCACCGCGUACGCCGUCGCCGAUAUGGUGGGGAUCCUCCCCGACAAUGUGCAUGCGCAGCUUAGUCCGAACGGCAAGAUGGUCUUGCUGGAGCGCCAGCGUGCUGCGAUGCACCAAAAAGAGCGCGAGAUGGACUCGUCGCUCCUCGCUCGCCUGCGCGCGGGCCUCGCAUUAUUCCUGCCGGCGCCACACAACGGCCUCGCAAUGGUGGGCGACGGGGUGAAUGAUUCGCCGGCGCUCGCCUAUGCGGAUGUCGGCAUGGCGCUGUGCUCCGGCUCGGAUAUCGCGAUGGACGCAGCGUCGAUCGUGCUGAUGCGCGAUGAUCUGCUCGACGUUCCCAUCUCCCUACUCCUCUGCCGCCGCAUCUUUUUGCAGAUCCGCCUCAACUUUCUGUGGGCGACCAUGUACAAUGUGGUGAUGGUGCCGCUAGCGAUGGGAUGCUUGUUGCCGUGGAGCAUUUACCUGCAUCCGAUGAUGGCCGGCGCUGCGAUGGCAUGCAGCAGCAUCAGCGUCUAG